AUGUCAACCCCAACGAAUGCAAGAAUUUCGUCUCUGACGGACAUUGUCACGUUGGCCAUAAAGACGACGGGUUCAAAAUGGGCAAUGGCCACGACUGUGAGCGGAGAUGGCACGGUAGCGGUGACGAAAAUGGACGAGUGCGGUGGAUCGGCUCACGAUUACUAUCUUGGCCCUGUGUCGAAGGAGUAUAUCAACUCUAACGCAUGUGCGCCAAUCGACGAGCCACCAUACUUCGCAAAAUUCUACUACGUAGAUCCUCCGUCAUCAUCGUCGCCGGACUCUAAAAGCGGGUCAAGUGAUUCUGGAAGCUCGACGGAUUCGGCAAAAGCCAACACCACAACGACUGGGGACUUUAUUCAAACUCAAAACUGA